UCAAAAUGGCCGACAUUUCUUGAAGUUUGAUCUCUCUUUUCUAGCCUAUAAGUCCUUCAUUAUGACUGAUAUAUUGUGCCGUUGGCUCAAUGACGAUGUUGGRCUUAGCCGAUACAUUGAUUCGUCAAACUUUGCCAAAGAGUUUGCCACAGGAUAUCUUGUCGGUGAACUGCUAGAUAAAUAUGCACUGCAAAAUGAUUUUGCAGAUUUUUCACAAAGCACCACUUCAGACUCCAAGCUGAAUAACUUCACAAGGCUUGAACCUACACUGAAGCUUCUAGAAAUACCAUAUGAUACUAACAUAGCUCGUUCUAUUAUGAAUGAAAGUCACAGUGCAACUACAAGACUAUUGUAUCAGUUGUUUAUCACUCUUGGAAAGAAAAAUAAAAUGGGUCUAACUGGUGUUGCUAUGGAAACCAUGAGGCCAAGUGGACCCGUCAAGCUUGAAAAUAUUGAGAGAGGCAUAUACAAGGAGAGACUAAAACAGUUGACUAAGAGACAAGUGGAUCUAAACUUUGAGAGCCUUGUACAGCGRUAUCAAGCCAAACAGAGAGAACAGGAAGAGAUGGCUUUAAGGGCAAAGAAUGCAGAAGAAGAGAAAAUGAAGAAAUAUCAACAAGCACAGAGAAAGAGAGAACUAGAGAAGUCCAGGAAUAUUAAAAACCGCCACCAAGAAAUAAUGGACAAGAUAAGCGAGGCAACAGUGAAGAUACCCAAACMACCAGAGGCCAGGGUGAGUUAUUUUUUUACAAUUACCGGUAUUAAUGAGGUUAAGAAAAAUAUUGAUGCUUUUGAAGCCAGUCUAAAGGCUACCAUUCCUCCAGCCAGUCCAGCUAGAAUGGAAAAUGGGUCACCCAAACCUGGUCAUGAUGUAGAYAUUGAUACAUUCAUUCCACCACCACAAACUGCUAAAGGUCUCUCKGAACCAUUGUCAAGCAUCAAGCCGGAUGCAAGUAGAAGCUACAUCAAYAAAAUAAGAACAAGACUUGAUGAAGAUGCUGUGGCCAGACAGGUACAAAUAUUCCGUGAGAAGCAAUAUGCAGAGAGGAGAUUGAAAGACUUCGAUGAUGCUCUAGAACGUGAGGCGGAAAUGUGUCGACAAGCUAAACUAGAAUACGCUGAAGAAACACGAAUGGCUCAAGAACUCCAUGAUCGUCUUGCAGCAGAGCGUGCACGGAACAAAUACAACAAACAUUACCAAACUGUCUCAGAGAUCUUGUCAGAGGUCGUGAACUUUGCCUGCAAAGUCGGAGAGUAUAGAGAACUUACUGAAAAAUUAGUUCCUGCUAAGCUUUUCCGUGAGUGGAAGGACUUAUUCAUCAAUGGAUUGCCUUUAUUUGAAGUCAAAGAGGGGGAACCAACCCUUGAAGAAAUCCAAAAAGAACAAGAAAUCAAAAACGAGAAAGAAAAAUUACUUGAUGAAGGCGACUUCAUGGAAUACAAGAACCUAAUAGGAGAAUGGCUACCAAUAGAAGGCUCGGAAAUCCCUGGUCCUCCUAAAGAUAACGCCGUGCUUGGUCACAUUAUACAAAGGCUGUUCAAUAUAGUCUCUCCCCCAGAGCCACCACCACCCCCACCGGAAUUCCCACCAUUCCCUAUCAAGGCCUGCUUUCUGGGAAAAUUCUUCAGUGGUAAAACUACAGUCAUAAGCAAGCUGGUAGAAUAUCAUCGAUUGGUUCGGUUAUCGAUGGAUCAUCUAGUGGCGGAGGCUAUUGAGGCUCAUAAGAAUGGAGAAGUGAUCCAAGAACCUGAAGAAGCAACACAAGAAAUUCCAGAUCAAUCGUCCAAGAGACCUAGUGUUUCUGACCAGGAAGGACCAAAGACUGACCAGGAACCGUCUACUGUAGAUGUAUCACGAGGUGUAUCAGCUGGGUCACGUGCUGCUAGUACUGAAGCGUUGAAAGAUGUGCAAGACUCUAACAGACGUGGUUCACAACAAGACGAACAACAAGAUGAAAAACGUGACAAAACCAAAGACGAACUUGAAAAAGAAAAAGAUGUUGAGGUUUCCAAAACUCCUUCCUCAGAGAAAGAUAAAGUCGAACCUGUUAAGUCUUCUAAAGGACCUAAAGGACCCACGCCAACAGUUCGYGCAAAGCUAGGUUCUAAGGCAUAUGGAUUCCUCAAAAAAGGCAAAGCCACACCUGAUCAGCUGAUAGUGGAUAUCAUGGUGGAAGCCGUGAGAAAUGUCCCAGAGGGCACUGGAUGGCUAAUGGAUGGUUUUCCAGCUUCAGUAAGCCAAGCAAAGUUACUUGAGAAAUCUUUGACCGGAUAUGACGAACAGAAGCAAAUCAAAGACGCUAAGGCUGCAAAGGAACCUGGGAAGGUUGGAAAGACAAAGAAGUCUAGACUCGCCCCAGAUCCUCACCCUGCUGCUGAACAAGCCUCACCUAAAAGUGGGAUAGACCUGGUGAUCUUAUUUGACCUUCCAGAUGAAGUUGCGCUAAAGAGAGCCGAAGGAAGAACAUAUAACCCAUUGACAGAUGAACAGCAUCACCAAGAAUACAACCCUCCCCCUGAGGGGAGCUACACAGGAAUCAAUAAACAAGAGAAAGUGUCUCCUGUGAUUGAUCCAUCAAAUGAUCGAGAGCAAGUCCAGCAAAGAAUCACAGGGUUUCUGGAUUCCUGGCCAAAACUUGAUAAAUGGUUCACGAAGUUUGGUGUUUUAAAGAAAAUUGACGCCGAUAAAACACACGACGACCUUUACGAUGAAGCAGCAUUACUUCUCAACGAAGCUUAUCAAAAGCAAGUCGCACCACCAGAGGAACAAGCGUCUGAGUCAGCAUCAGUACCACCGUCUGCAGCGCCAGAUGCUGAUGCAGGAGUUGAAGCUCAAACCCCUAGCAUGGAGAUCUUCCCAGGCAAAAGCGUGGCUCCUACAGAGGGCACAGCUUCAGUUGCUCCUUCAGAAUCAGGACUAAAGUCUGACAGCAAGUCUGAGAAAGGAGCCUCAAAGUCGAAGAGCGCAAAAAGCGGCUCUAAGCCAGGUUCUCCMAAAGGAGGAAAGAAAUCUAGCAAAAAAGACCGUUCCCCCUCCCCCACAGCUUCCAAGAAAUCUCCAAAAAGYCGUUCGCCUUCUCCGACAUCUAAAAAGGGAUCUGGUUCGAGACCUAGUUCUAAGUCUCCUUCACCGACAAAGAAAGGAUCGCGUCCUGGAUCCAAAGGUUCUCGACCUGGAUCAAAGCGAGGAUCACCCAAAAAACAACAAGAGGAAGAAGAGAAGCCCCCUGAACCUGAAGGACCUCCUAAACCUUUACCAGGAUCAGAAGAAUGGGACUACGUGGAUCAGCCUCUUGAAAAGGAACUGGCUGAUGUGUUGUCUAAACAAUGGGAAAACGUGGAAGAUAUAUACGUCGAUACGUGUAAAACUACAUUCCGUAAAAUUCGCCACGAGAGAGAACUCAUUUACCGAUACUUCUAUGGUUCAAGGAAAGACUUCGUUGAGUUUUUGAAGAGACCUGAUGAAAAGCAAGAAUAUGUUCUACAGUGGCAAAAGGAGUACAAUGAUGUUGCWGAAGACAUGCGAGGUGAUGAAGAUACAAAAGCUGAAAUGCAUCAACGUGUUGAUGAUUUAUGUGAUCGUCUUUAUGAGAUUUGUGAUAACCGCAAAGAGAUGGCAGAAAAAGAACGUCAAGGUAUAAUGAGCGAAGGUUGGCUAGAAGACAGGAUGGGUGUGUUAACCAAUCAUUAUAUCAGUCUGAUGCAAUCUGAAGUAGACCGCUAUCAGGAUACUAUACGACUACUAAAAGAUUACUAUGUCGGCAUGGAAGUCCCCAAUGGUAAAGUUCCAGGCGAAAGCAUCAAUGAAUACACAAGGCUACCAUUGGUUGAACUACCACCUACACUAAGACCACAGUCGGCAUCGUCAAGAGCAAGUGAUACAGCUGUAAACCCGACUACAGUACCUGAACCUAAAAGUCCUUCUGGUAAGAAAGGCACACCCAAAACACCAGAACCUGGCGAGGGAGAAGAUGAUCAGAAAACAAGAAUCCCGUUGGUACCACGUCGCCCCAAGUCAGGUGAUGCAGGACCUGGUCGUGGAAAAGAUAAAAAGGUUGCGCAGAAAAAAGGACAGACAGACCAGGAUAAACCUGAAACACCAGUACCUCCAUCAGACCCCGAUGAAAAGCUCAUCUUUGAUGCUUACAUGCUCGCGUUGACUAUCAUUGACACAAUGGCGUCAAUGGAUCAGGCCGAUCAAGAAGCCGAAGCUCAAMGACAAGCUGAAUUAGAAAGAGAAAAAGAGAAAGAAGCCAUGCAGAAGAAAGCCAAGGAAAAGAAAGACAAGAAAGGACGUAAAUCACCUGCCAAGUCUCCAUCCAAGACAGAGACACCACCGCCUGCGCCUCCAGAGGAGACUGAGGGUCAGUCAGAGGAAGAGAAGCUAAAGCAACAAAUACGAGAAAAGUCUCGUGAAGAGUUCCUGGGUAGUGUCGCCUUUGAAGUAUCAUGUACAGCGCCUCCAGAGGAGACUGAGGGUCAGUCAGAGGAAGAGAAGCUAAAGCAACAAAUACGAGAAAAGUCUCGUGAAGAGUUCCUGGGUAGUGUCGCCUUUGAAGACAAUGGCCUCAAAUCCAGACUUGAGAUAAUAAGACUACAUGCUUCAGCAGUUCUACAAGAUUUAAAGGUCAAGUCUGAGGUGAUGUACAAAGACAUGGAGGACUGGCUUGGUGAACGAUUCUUACAAGAGGUUGAUAGUAUACAAUCCAUGGCAGCCAGUACUCGGUUUGCCAUCGAACAAGAACAGAGAUUACAGGAAGAAGUUGUUUUGGAAGAUAAAGACUUCAUCGUUGAUUUGGACAUCAAGACAUUCAAAACUCCAACCCCAGCACCACCCCCUGAGGAAAUAGAGCUGCCUACCACAGACAGUUUCACUGUCGUCCAAAUCCUCAACUUGUGUAAUCAAUUCAUCGAAGCAGCGCCUUCUGGAAUGAUUUCCAAUCGUGGUUUCUGUGACGUGGUGUUGGAUAUGGCAAAUCUAACGUUUGGUACUGAGUCCCUUCCAGAUAUUUGGAUGAACAUCACUCAACAACAGCUUCAAGAUGUUUGUAACCUGUUGUCAGACUCAGAAUUCAUCGACUGGCGCAAGUUCCUUUUAGCAGCCGCGCAGCCCUGGACAUCAGCCUCUAAAGCGGACUUAUUGUUAACACAAGAACAGUUUCGCCACGUCGACCAAGGAGGACUGGGUCUAGUAGACCAAGCACAGUAUGCCGAGGUUGAUAUGUGGUUCUCAAGACUCCCACCCAACAUUGACUUAGCUAACGAUAUUGAAGUGGCGUCUGCUUUUGAAAGACUCGCUAAUCUUAAAGAGGCAUUUUUUCAUAUCUUUGCCUACCAAAGUUCAGAAGCACCACUUUUGGACUACAAUUUUAUGUUAAUGUAUUUUGCGGUGGAUUCUGAUCCGUUGGAAGGUUUUCUGCGGGCUUUGAGUAUUGCUGCAGGUCAGGCCAUGCCAUCAGUUAGCGACUUGUCUUACUUCUCACAAGUUGAAGGAGGUGACGCCCAGCAGCCCAGUAGCCCUUCCAUAGAGAUGAAUACAUUGGUUCGUCUAGAUGACUUAGUCACGGCAUUGCAACACUCUCAGAACAAGAUCGGCGAUACACAUAGACUUAGCUUUACAUCAGAUCUCGUCGACUCUUUCUCACGGGAACGCUUGUCAGCAAUAUUUGUAGAGUUGGGUGCAGAUGAAGAUGAAGCUUUACCUUUCCACGUUCUCUACCGACAUCCAAUAAUACAAGAUUUUAUGCAGAUGUGUCAGUUGUACAAAACUGUGGAUUUGAAGGCAGCAUUUUCAAGUAGUGUUAGCGAUGGUUCUGAAUGAGUUGUGAAAGUACUGGUUUAAUUCGAGACUUUCAAAUCUUUUUUUCUUAUUUCAAGUUGUAAAUAAAGUAUUGUGAAUUANAG